GGUCGCCAUAAAUGCGGAGCUCCCCCCUUGGACGCUGGCACUAAACACUGUAGAACGGCAGCCGCAGUACUCCCUUGAUUCCCUUCCGCCAUUUUCUGGUUCCUCCUUCUCUUACUCGCCGGAAAACGGCGUCCGUACCGGAUUCCCGGUUGGUGAGCUCUGUCCCCUUCUUGUUGGAAUUGGUUUUGGGGGGAGAAUCCUUUAAAGGACAGAGGCUUCGCCGGAAGAGGAGAUGAGGGUGCACAUGCUCUUCUCGCCCUCGUUCCCUUAGUGGUAUUCGUGAUAUUGAGUGUAAGGCACCCGAGGAACGUCCCUGCCCUGAGACAAGAUAAGAGGGUGGAGAGUUUCUGUGCUUUUGAAAGGAUUUUCCGGCGGAGUUCUGGACAACCUCCGGCGGAGAGACGUUACGCGCGAUUUUCAUUCUAUUCCUUUAUUGUUGAACUGAAAGCCAUACAACGUCGGUUUCUUUGAUUUUUCUCCACUUGGUGGUUGAUGCUUGCGUAAUUGGGCACAAUCCUAGAUCGGAGAGGCAAUCGUCUCUUUAAGCAAAGGGAAUUGUGAGAGUAGCAGGCGAGAAACAAGGACUAGUUCUUUGGCGAGCUAAUUUCAUAGAGUAAACCGGAGAUGGCGCAAAUUGGAGGAGGGCGGAGGCAUAUGAGGGCAGCAGUGGUGAUCGGACUGGCGUGCAUAUUGGCGUCCGCGCUCGUGUCCGCCGACCGGAGGCUGAUGCAGCACGAACAGGAGGCCGGUGCGCCGAGUAAGCACCGGAAGGAGAGCGCUCUAGAGAGGCUCAUAAAGUUCCUGUGGCAACCCAAGGUGACCGCUUACGUACACGUCUGGCCGGACAUGAGCUUCGGAUGGAGGAUCAUCUUGGGCUCCAUCAUUGGCUUCUUGGGAGCGGCUUUUGGGAGUGUGGGAGGAGUUGGAGGGGGAGGCAUCUUCGUCCCCAUGCUCACUCUCAUCAUUGGCUUCGACGCCAAAUCUUCCACCGCCAUUUCCAAAUGCAUGAUAGUGGGUGCGGCGGGAUCGACCGUUUACUACAACCUGAGGCUGAGGCACCCGACGCUGCCGCUGCCCAUCAUCGACUACGACUUGGCCCUACUCUUCCAGCCGAUGCUCAUGCUUGGCAUCAGCAUUGGUGUCGCCUUCAACGUGGUCUUUGCAGACUGGAUGGUCACCGUGUUGCUCAUCGUCAUCUUCAUGAUUACGUCCACGAAGGCCUUCCUGAGAGGUGUUGAGACGUGGAAGAAAGAAAGCAAAACGAAAAAGACUGUCAAAGCUGCUAAAGAAAAUGGAAGCGAGGAAGUGGAGUCCGGUGCCCCGUGUAACAGCAUGAAAACAGAUAGCAAAGCUUUUGGAGACAAGGCCGUUUCUGUCCUGGAUAAUAUCUACUGGAAGGAACUUACCAUUCUCAUUGUUCUGUGGGUUGUAUUUCUUGCCUUCCAGAUUGCAAAGAACUACACAAGAACAUGCUCCCCUUUAUAUUGGGUAUUCAACCUUCUUCAGUUUCCUGUGGCUAUUGGAGUGUCCCUCUAUGAGGCCGUGUCCUUAUACAAAGGGAGGAGAACUAUUGCAUCCAAAGGUGGAGAACCAACAAACUGGAAGAUUCAAAAGCUGGUCCUGCACUGUUUUGUUGGCAUGAUUGCUGGCGUAGUAGGUGGUCUGCUUGGACUUGGGGGAGGCUUUAUCUUAGGUCCUCUGUUCUUGGAACUCGGCAUACCUCCCCAGGUCGCAAGUGCUACAGCAACCUUUGCCAUGAGUUUCUCCUCAUCCAUGUCCGUCGUAGAGUAUUACCUUCUUAAACGGUUCCCUGUUCCCUAUGCACUCUACUUCUUUGCUGUCGCCACAGUAGCCGCGCUCGCCGGCCAACACGUUGCAAGAAAAGUGAUAAAUUUCUUGGGGAGAGCAUCUCUCAUCAUCUUCAUUCUGGCUUCAACGAUCUUCGUCAGUGCAAUUUCACUGGGUGGGGUUGGUCUAUCGCACAUGGUUCAUAAAAUAGAAACACAUACGUACAUGGGAUUUGAAAACUUAUGCUCAUACUAGAAGGCAGAUCGGAAGGAAACAGACAGAUUGGAAACCUCAUGAUCUUCACCAAGCUUGGCAAUCUCUUCUCAUUAUCCGCGAUCUGGGCGUCGAUCUGCCGUGACUUACUAGAUUUGAAAAUUUUUGAAAAUACAUGAAUGCUCAUGUAUAAGCUCCGAAUCUCUACGGAUGUGGAGAAAUGAUACCAUAAUGUAGCCUUUCGUUUUUUUUCUUUUGGCUCUUUACAUUGUAUUUCUUCAUAAGCAAAGUAUCUCUUGAAGGGGAGUAUUGGUUACU